AUGCCAAGGGUAACGGACGUACGAUCGUCGAUCCACGAUGGACUUCUCACCGCGAUAUUUCAUCGCGGAUAUAGGUCGCUGUUCGACUUUCAUAAUGGCGACGCACGUGUCCAAGACAUGUGCGUGUCGGAUCCUGUGUUCAUCGCCUCAUCACUGGCAACUGCACAGACGGUAUUUGCCAGCAUAGUGCAUGUGGAGCCUGUGAAAGACGAAUACAAAAAGGGAUUCAGGCUGUACCUUGUGGACGGAUGGGGAAUGUCUGAACGGGUCCGCGCCAUGGGUGCGGCGGGGAGCGCGCCUCGACAUAUAUUUGAGCUCGCGUUCGAGGGUGCAUCGUCCGUGCUAUGUAAGGGCAUGCCAGCGCAGGGUUGUAAUGCCGUGGCUAAAAAAAGAGACAAAGUCGGCGGGAAGAGCGCCCCGAUCACACUCAUGGAGACGUGUGCACCGAUCUGUUGGCGCAACCGCGUUCGCGCCCGUGCGCGUCCAGAUGCGGAGUCUAGAUGCACAGCUGAAACGUUGGUACAUCGUGGGCCCAUGAGAAAUCCCUGCGUCACGAGGGAAUGGGUUGCUCGGAAGCGUGAAGUGUCAUCGGGCGGGCAAGAGCGUGAAUAA